AUGGGUGGUAUUUAUUACACCAUUUUUAUUACUCUCUUACUUAUGGGAACACUCAUUCCAAAGGUUGUAGUUUCACAAGCAAUUCGAUAUAAGGUUACAAUUAUUAACGGUCUUCCAGAAGGAGAAGAAUUGGACUUUCGAUGCCAAUCUAAGGAUGUUGAUUUAGGACUUCAACAAUUGACAAAAACAGGAAAAACUUUUAGUUGGAUGUUUAAAAUGAAUUUCUUUGGAACAACGCUUUUCUUUUGUCAUUUCUAUUGGAAGGACAAAAAUAUAAGUUUUCCUGUUUUUAAAGGACACGUACAAGGAUAUGUUUGUCAACAGUUAGUCUAUUGGGAGGUAAGACCCGAUGGUUUCUACUUCCAUUGUGACGAUAAUGACUCCAUAUACAAGUAUUCUUGGUAG